AUGACUGCCGCCUGGAAAGCCGCCGGUUUGACCUACAACCGUUACUUGGCCAUCGCCGCCCGCACCGUGCGCCGCUCUCUCAAGGAAGGUCCCCGUCUCGCUUCCGAGCGCCGUGGCCAGAUGGAUCUCCGUUUCGCCAAGUGGCAGAACGGCAAGCAGGGUGAGGUCCGCUCGCUCGCCCAGGCCAACAACGAGGCCCUCGCCCAGGCCGCUGAGAAAUAA